GCCGUCAGGAAUACAGCCAGGCCUGUUGUGCGGUUUUGAGUGGUCUCAACGCUGUACGCAUUGGACAGCCGGUGAGGAGGCCUUUGUGGAAGAAUCUGGUGUCUGAGUGUAGUUCUCAGCCGGCAGAUUACAGCUGUCACUGGCUGAUGAGUGGUGAGCUGCUUUGUAAGGAUCGUGGCUUCCCCCUGAACUGCUCCUUUCCUGCCUCAAAGGUGGAGCUGAUCAGAAUAAUGUUUAGCAUCAAUCCCCUGGAGAACCUGAAGGUAUACAUCAGCAGUCGGCCUCCCCUGGUGGUCUUCAUGAUCAGCGUGAGCGCCAUGGCCAUAGCUUUCCUGACCCUGGGCUAUUUCUUCAAAAUCAAGGAGAUUAAAUCACCAGAAAUGGCGGAGGAUUGGAAUACUUUUCUGCUACGGUUCAAUGAUUUGGACUUGUGUGUAUCAGAGAACGAAACACUAAAGCAUCUCACAAACGACACCACAACUCCGGAAAGCACCAUGACCAGCGGGCAGGCCCGAGCUUCCACGCAGUCCCCCCAGGCCCUGGAGGACUCAGGCCCGGUGAACAUCUCAGUUGCAAUCACUCUCACCUUGGACCCACUAAAACCCUUCGGAGGGUAUUCCCGGAACGUCACCCAUCUGUACUCAACAAUCUUAGGGCAUCAGAUUGGACUUUCAGGCAGGGAAGCCCACGAGGAGAUAAACAUCACCUUCACCCUACCUACAGCGUGGAGCUCAGAUGACUGCGCCCUCCACGGUCACUGUGAGCAGGUGGUAUUCACAACCUGCAUGACCCUCACGGCCAGCCCUGGGGUGUUCCCCGUCACUGUACAGCCACCGCACUGUGUACCCGACACGUACAGCAAUGCCACGCUCUGGUACAAGAUCUUCACAACUGCCAGAGAUGCCAACACAAAAUACGCUCAAGAUUACAAUCCUUUCUGGUGUUAUAAGGGGGCCAUUGGAAAAGUCUAUCAUGCUUUAAAUCCCAAGCUUACAGUGAUUGUUCCAGAUGAUGACCGUUCAUUAAUAAAUUUGCAUCUCAUGCACACCAGUUACUUCCUCUUUGUGAUGGUGAUUACGAUGUUUUGCUAUGCUGUUAUCAAGGGCAGACCCAGCAAAUUGCGUCAGAGCAAUCCUGAAUUUUGUCCUGAGAAGGUGGCUUUGGCUGAAGCCUAAUCCCACAGCUCCUGUUUUCUGAGAGAGACUGAGAGAACCAUAAUCCUUCCCUGCUGAACCCAGCCUGGGCCUGGACGCUCUGUGAAUACAUUAUCUUGCGAUGUUGGGUUAUUCCAGCCAAAGACAUUUCAAGUGCCUGUAACUGAUUUGUACAUAUUUAUAAAAAUCUAUUCAGAAAUUGGUCCAAUGAUGCACGUGCUUUGCACUGGGCGCAGCCAGAGCCCUUCAUCCCUGCCCUGGACUUGAGACCUGGUGAUUGUGUCCACGCAUCUCUAGAGAAGGAUUCCUGGGUCUAGCUGUGUGGCAGCUGGUCAUGACGUUUUCACCAAGGUCACAGGCGCGUUGUGUCGCUGGUGGGGUUGAAGUUUGGUUCGGUUCUUGUUUCAGCCGGAUAUGUAGAGAACGUUUGAAACAGUCUGCACCUUUGAUAUGAUACUGCAUUUCCAAAGCCACCAAUCCAUUUUGUGGAUUUUAUGUGUCUGUGGCUUAAUAAUCAUAGUAACAACAAGAAUAUCUUUUUCUCCAUUUUGCUUGCAAGGAAACAUACCUGGUUUUUUUUUUUUUUUUUUUUUU